GCUGUCGGCCCAUAGUUACUGGUCGAGCUGCGCGCGACUGUCUGCUGUUUCUGUUUUCCCUGAUCGUCGCGGGGCUGCUUUCCGUCUCCUCACCGGGCAAAGCGUCGUCUCUUGUCCCAGACUCAUGGAGCUUUCAGCGGCGGGGGACCGCGUGUUUGCCGCCGAGGCUAUCCUGAAGCGGCGCGUCCGUAAGGGACGCAUGGAGUACUUGGUGAAAUGGAAAGGCUGGGCUAUAAAAUACAGCACUUGGGAGCCGGAGGAGAACAUCCUCGAUGACCGCCUCGUAGCUGCUUUUGAACAAAAAGAAAGAGAACAAGAACUUUAUGGACCAAAAAAAAGAGGACCCAAGCCUAAAACGCUCCUUUUGAAGUCACGAGCACAGGCUGCUGAGAGCUCACCCAGAGUCCUCGAGUUUAAACCUAGUCGGCCCCAGCCGUCCUCCAAACCCCCGCCACCGCCUGCGCCUGCACCCUCAUACCAUCCCAGUGGCCCUUCGAAUGCGAAGCUGCAGUCAGGAGCUGCCCAGCCCAAACUGAAGAAAGACAUCCACCGAUGUCAUCGGAUGGCACGACGGCCUUUGCCGCGUCCUGACCCUUUAGCGCCACCAAUCGGUUCGUCCGGUCCCUUCUCGUCCCGUCCUACAGUCAGCCCUUUCUGCGAGACGGUCCGCAUCCUUAACCGGAAGGUCAAACCACGUGAGGUCAAGAAGGGACGGGUGAUCUUGAAUUUAAAAGUAAUGGACAAGUCUGGGCCAGUCAAUAACAAAAGGACUCAAAAUUCUAGCCAUCAGUCUCAUGUUGGGCGCCAGAAAGUUCCCUCUCGGAACAGAGUGAUCGGGAAGAGCAGGAGAUUUGGAGAAGUAUCUUUUAGAUGCCUGCAGCAACCCAUGAGCGGUGCUGGAUUUUCUGUUUUUAGAAAGCCAAUUGAGGCUUACCCGAUGGACCCUUCUGAGGAAAAACCGAAGGCUGAGCAAAGUGGUCACAAACCAACUACAAAUCCAUUGCCGUCUUCCUCACAAAGUUCAAAAAUCAAGACCUCAGCUGUUCCUGAAGAGCUUGUCGAGCCACCUCGAUCUGCUUCAAGCUCAGAGGUCUCAGACAGUGAACCUCAUCCCCCACCUUCACCACAAUUCCACCCCGGUCAAUUACCCCAGUCAGGUGAAGCCAACUCUCAACUUUCACAUGCUUCCAAAUCCGCACCUCAGCUAACAGACUUGAAAGCCAAAUUGACUCAGUCAGCCAUGCCUUCCUCCCCCAUGUUCUCUUCCUCCUCCUCUUCCUCAUCAUUAUCAUCCUCAUCUGAAGACACCGAGCACAUCCUGGAUCUCUCCGUGCCGCAUGGAACCGACAGGCGAGCCAGACAGCGGCAACACUUUCGUAGCCGCCGGCAGCCCAAAGUUCCUGAAGUUCCUAUAUCUGAAGAAGCCUCGGAGGAAGACCAGGAUCUGGAUUGGCAUCCGGAGAUGGCUGCACAGUGUGCCAACGUGGUCAUUACGGACAUUACAACCAACCUCCUUACUGUCACUAUUAAAGAGUUUUGCCAUCCUCCUGGACUGCCGGCAUUGGCCUCUUCUCCCUGCUGUGCCAAUAAUUUGUCUUCAAGAAAGGCAAACCCUUAACUGUGACAACCAAAAAAAGAACUCCAAUGCCACACAUACUGCCUUUAACAGUGUAGAUGUUUGGAAAUGAAUUUCACAUCACAAAUUCGAAGGAUAUGCAAAUCAGAAAUGUCCCAGCCCCGACAUGCACCCACUGUUUCUCCACUGAUGAACUGUGCUGCCUGGCCUUCAUUUGCAUAUUGAAACACGAUUGGCUCUUAUAUUUUAUGAUGUAAUAACACUUCUUUGGUUUUCAGACUGCUGCAGUAAUAAUUUUGCACUUUGACUAGUCGGUGCACUUAAAUUAAUUCACCCCAAAAGGAUUUGAUCACAAAAAGCCUAUUUGGAACGCGACGGUGAGUUUAAAGGGGACUAGCUUAGAGUAUUGUGCCGUAAUAUUGGCUUGUAGAAAUGAGAAAAAGAACGAUUGUUGUGGUUUCUGACUCCGACAAAUGCAGAAUCCAAUUUCGCACUGAUUGUGCUGUCUCAGUAAGCACAGCUGCUGAAUAUAAGCUACGUUUUGAAGCUGAAUAGAAGGAAUUAACCUGACUGGCUCUUCUCUCUAUUCCAGAUGAAGAUUAAUGUUGAUCCCUCAUUGAACAUCUGCGACAUCUUUAGCCUGAGGCAGACAAAUGCAUUUCUCAUGAUAUGCUCAUUGUGAUCUUUGUGGGGUUUUUUUUAUUUUCUUUUCUUGACCUUUGUUGUGUACACCGUGUGGGGAUAUGCACUCCGGUUAUUUGAAUAUUUUUGGCCAGCUGAAGAACCUGGUGUAAUGAUUAACUGGCCGAAAGCACCUAACACUUUUUUUUUUUUUAAUGAUGUUAUAUACUGUGUUGUAGUAGUAAUAAUAAUAAUAAUAAUAAUAAUGGGCUUAUCUCA